CACAGACAUUUAGUAGGAAUAUUGGCAUCCCCUAGAGCACAGAGAUCAGCAGCGGCAAUUGUUAAAAUUGUUAAAAUAUACACAACUAAUUUAACAUAAUUAUUUUGUGAUUAUACUUGUAUUUGUUUUAGUGCACCGCCUGCACAUUUCUUUCUGGAACGUUUGCCGAAAUGGUCAACGAGUUGAAUAAACCUCAAGAUAAUUCCGCAUUGAGCGAGCUUUUGGCGGCCUCCAACCGUCAGCUGCAGGAAAUGCAAGAAGAACAUCGCCAGCUGCAAGAGGAAUUGUCUCGUCUCAGUGUGCAGCGCCAGCAAUUAAGACAAGCGACCCGAGAACAUCAUUCACAGGUCACUUCCUCAUCGACAUCGACGGUGGUCAGUUCAUCUGGGUCACAAAUCGCCUCAGAGUCACUUUCUGCUACAGAUGAAGCGGCUGCAGUGCAGCAAACAGAUGCUGCCUCCGCCGUCGGAGAGGAGGAGGACAAUGAAGAGACCGCCAAUUAUCUGCAGGAAAAGCUGGCGGAGAUUGCCAAUCUGAAGGCGCAAUUCAAGCGUGUACAGAACAUUACGGACUCUACAAAACUGAUCGAGCAGCACUUGUCCUCCGUGGAGUCACAAUCAUCGUCAACUGUGAUGAAGAGCAAACAAACCAAGACCAUGGAAUCCAUUCAAUCUAGCAGCAGCACGAGCAGCACCAGCAGAAGUGCUCAAUCCUUGGAGGCAGCCACAUCUGCCACUUCGGCCACAUCGGAAGCACGUGCUACUCCUGACAAUGCGGAACUGUUGAAUGCCAUGAUUAAUAUGGUAACGGAUUUCACAAGCGAUUUGCGUGGUCAAGAGGAAAGCUUGAGGGCGGAACGUCUGCGCAUCAAGUCGUUGAAGGAAGAAAUUAUUCAGCGCAAGCAAAGCAAAGAAUAAUACCUGUUCGAGUGAUUAAUCGUCCCGUUUGCUGAUUACUUUACACAUAUACAAAAUAAAUAUGUAACCAUUUGUAAUUAUUAUUGAUUAAACCAUAAUUCUCCUCAUAGGCAGUUUUCAUUUUUU